AUGAACACUAUAUUUCACAUUUCUCUGGCUUUGCUUCAUGAUGCUGCGGACGAUUUACUUCAACUGGAUUUCGAGGGAGCUCUGAAGUAUUUUCGAGUAACGCUACCUCGGAAAUAUAGAACGGAAGCAAAUGCGAAAGCGUUGAUCCGUCAUGCUGUGGAAUUCAAGUUGAAACACAAGCGCCUACUGAAGUAUGAGAAGGAGUAUAUGGAAAUGAAUGAAAGGAAC